AUGGCGGAGAACGACAAUAAACAAAAUUCUAAUGCAAAUUUACAAAUAAUACGUGAUCCUAAUUUAGCAAAGAAUCGAAUUUUUGUUGGUAAUCUUCCAACGUGUACCCGUGAACAGUUGGAGAGUAUAUGUCUCCCUUAUGGGAAAGUAUUAGGAUCACUGGUGCAGAAAAAUUUUGGUUUUGUUCAAUUCGAAUCAGAGGAAAUAGCUAAUAAAGUCGCUUCAUCACUAUCCAAAUCUAUAUUUAAAGGUAAUGUAAUUACUGUAAGGAACGCAGCAUCCAAGCAAGCCCCUAAGCGACCGGCGUCUGAUAACGUUGCACUUCCAACAAAUAUAAAUACCGGCUAUUUUGGAGUACCAGAAUCUAUGCCAACAAAUACUACGCCCAAUAUGAAUCCAGAUUACAAUGACUGUGAAAUUAUCGUAAUUGAUCGAAGAAAUACAAAAUAUGCGGAAUACAUUGAACAGCGUCUUAAAGAUAUCAAUUUAAGAGUAGAUGUGCUUUUUCCGAACGAAGAUGUGCCACUCGGCAAAGUUUUAAUAAAUAUCUCGUCCCGAGGUUGCUUAUAUGCAAUAUUGAUAACGCCCCAGCAUGAAGAACACAAUAGUAUAACAGUCAACAUAUUAUAUGGUCAACCAGCAGAGCACCGAAACAUGCCCGUGGAUGAUGCAAUAAUGUUGAUAUCAAAAGAUUUUCGCCAAAAAAUGGCUAACGACGUGAUGAAAAAAGCAUCAUUUGCUGCAUCUCUACCGAAGCCUAUGACUGGAGUAAAUAUGGGUAAUCCUAUGCAAGAAGAUCGUCAUCCCAGUGCUAUUCAAACGCUUUUAAAUUUACUUUCGGAUAAUAUGCCGCUUACUGUUCUUCAAUAUGAUAGAAUAAUAAAAUAUCUUCAAGAACGGCGAGAGCAUCAAGUAAAAAUAGAACUUGGCGAUGCUGCAGAUAUAGGAACAAAAGUGCCUGAUCCUGAAAUUGAAUUGCAAAAGAGAAUCCUAGAUAUAAUGAAUAAACCGUCGGUAGCUGAAACACAUUACAAGUUGUUAUAUCCCACGUUAGAAGCAGUCAGGUCAGAUUAUCGAGCUAUGGAUCUCUUGAAGGAUGUUCGCGUACAGAAGGCCCUUGAAACGUUAAUGGAUUCUAAUUUGGUAGGAACUGUAGAGAACUACAUGAAAUAUUAGUAUAAUAUAAGUUUAUUAUAUUUAACCAACUCAAUCGUAUUAUAACAACUUUGUAAAAUUAAAAUAACCAACUUAUGGCCAAGAGCGUUUUGCAUUAUAACCUUCA